AUGUACGCGGGCAAGGCUAAUGAAAGACCCGGCUGUCUGGUGCACAACAUGAGGAAGUCGGUUGAUAACUGGCGUCUGCUGGCUGCUCUGAUCGAUAGUCGCACGACUGGAUUUGUGGCGGCGCCACAUUCCGCCACACCCAACGUCGCCUUCCUGGGGCGGCGCCUCGAACCAAUUACUGGACAUGAGACACCUCGAAAUGGAGUAGGACCUUCGCACUCGACCUUCCCG